AUGGAAGCAGCCAUCGAACAGCUGUUAGAAUGGACAACCUCCAUAGGUGUUAAAUUAAAUGGGAUUCAUCCAAAAGCUCUGCAUGGAAGAGGUAUUGGUAUUGUCGCAUCCCGCCAUCUAGAGGCCAACCAAGUCAUUCUUCAAGUUCCUAUAUCUGCUUUGCGUACUCUCAGCAACACUCCCAAAGAUAUCUCCAAGACUCUCCGCGGUGCCACUGUUCACGCCAUUCUUGCUGCUUCACUGUGCCUUGAUUCCAACCCUGAUUUGGAAAAAUGGCGCCCUGUCCUCCCUUCUCGGCGAGAUAUUGCCAUCAGUAUGCCCAUCUGCUGGCCAGCCAAGCUACGUGCGUUACUACCUCCGGGAUCCAAGUCUUUGCUCGCAGCGCAGCAAGAAAAGUUUAGCAAAGACUGGGCUAUUGUGGCGGCAGCGUAUCCACAGCUUCAGAAGGAUGAGUAUCUCUACAACUGGCUCUUGGUAAACACGCGAACAUUCUAUCACACAAAUCGAAAGACAGAGAAGCUACCAAAGGAGGAUCACAUGGCACUCCAGCCCGUGGCAGAUCUUUUCAACCACACACCCGAGGGCUAUUGUAUGGCAGCCUUCAACGAUAAAUUCUUCACGUUUACUACUACUCGUACGCACGAGCCUGGCGAGGAAGUGUUCAUCCGCUACGGGCCUCAUGCCAACGACAUGCUACUUGUGGAGUAUGGCUUCACACUACCGUCAUCUAUCAAUUCUUGGGACGAAACUUGCCUUGAUCCUUACAUCUGCCCCUUACUAAACGCCACUCAGCGGGAACAUCUCGAAGACGCGGGCUUUUGGGAGAAAUAUAUGCUGGACUCUCAGACGGCAUGCUAUCGUACGCACGUUGCGCUGAGAAUGCUCUGCCUGCCCCUUCGACAAUGGCAAGCUGUCUUGGACGGCGUAAGAGAUGAAGAUGCGGAUCGUCACCUCAUAGACGCUGCGCUCUUGAAAGCACUCGUUAAAUAUGAUAACGACAUCACCAACUCCCUGGAGCAGCUGAGCAGUAGCUCCGCUGGUGAGGAGGAAAUGAGAGGAUGCCUCACAGACAGAUGGCUCCAGAUCAGGCAACUGGUCGCAACAGCAAUAUCACGGCUACAAGGCUAG